UAGUCUUGAUAUUCGCUUAAAAAAACGCAGAAAAAUGGAAAGCCAAAACCAGGGUUCAAAUCACAACGACGCCACCAUUAGCGGCGUUUCAGACCAACCAAUCCCUUCCGAUUCCUCAACGAAUCCACCCCCGGACCCAGACUCUGAAUCCAACGAUGAUCCCAGCACCAAUGCUUUAGCCAAAGCGUUAUCCUCCAUGCUUACUUCUCUCAUCAAAGACUUCGAUUCUAAAGCCCACGACACUCUCGCCAGUCAAGACCUCCUUAGUUCCUCAGUUGAUCGCCUUACCCGAGAGCUUGAUCAAUUACUGGAAGAUGCUCCGUUACCAUUCGUAAUGCAGCAUGCUGUCAAGUUUUAUAAUGUCAGAAAGAGAGUUUCCUCAUUGAAUUUGCUUUUGAAAUCCAUUCAGCGGCGUAUCGAUAAUAUAGACCGAAUGGUAUCCAUGGGAUUGCAACAUGAGAAGACUGCCACAGAAGGUUCCUGAAAACAUCAACAUUGGCUGUGUAUUAUUGGUAUGUUCUAAUCCCUUUUAUGGUUGAAACAUUUUAAAUGAAAAGGAUAUAUGCUCAGUUGAAGCAAGUGGAUGUUCUAAUUACUAGUAUGCUUUUGUUUUAUUUCUUCCAUAUCAAGUUCAAUUUAUAGCUUCUAAAUUGGCAGCCAUUUUACCUCGGUACUAAAAGGACUUUAAAAUGAUAUCUGGAAGACCUUACUGUUAACUAUUUCAAUCAAUAACAAGAGAACUUUGAACCAAGAUAUCUGGUAUUUUCUAUUCUUCAAUUUUGGAUGUUCUUCUGAAGUA